AUGUCUUCUGAACGUUUCUAUCACCGAGUACCCACCCACCAGUCCGCAGACCCACCAAACACAGACCCACCACCAUUCCGCAGACCCACCAAACACAGACCCACCCACCAUUCCGCAGACCCACCAAACACAGACCCACCCAUCAUUCCGCAGACCCACCAAACACAGACCCACCCACCAUUCCCAAGACCCACCAAACACAGACCCACCAACCAUUCCGCAGACCCACCAAACACAGACCCACCAACAAUUCCGCAGACCCACCAAACACAGACCCACCCACCAUUCCGCAGACCCACCAAACACAGACCCACCCAUCAUUCCCCAGACCCACCAAACACAGACCCACCCAUCAUUCCCCAGACCCACCAAACACAGACCCACCCACCAUUCCGCAGACCCAUCAAACACAGACCCACCCACCAUUCCGCAGACCCACAAAACACAGACCCACCCACCAUUCUGCAGACCCACCAAACACAGACCCACCAAUCAUUCUGCAGACCCACCCACCAUUCCGCAGACCCACCAAACACAGACUCACCCACCAUUCCGCAGUCCCACCAAACACAGACCCACCCACCAUUCCGCAGACCCAUCAAACACAGACCGCCCCCCCUGUCCGCACACCCACCAAACACAGACCCACCCACAGACCAGAAACACAUCUAG